CCGCUCUCUUCAGCAGCUUCUCGGUCUCUUCUGUCGUGUCAUCCUCAAUCCGUGUAUCUGAGAUUCUAUUCCCUGGCCUAUUGUCCACGUCCCCGGUCUCUUAGCCAUUUGGUGAGCUACGUCCUCAUAAAUCAGACCGCAGGUUUCAAUUCUAGCUAUAGACUCUCUUCAUCUAGACUUCUAUGCCACAACGGGUACGAAAUCCACGACAUAACGAUGAUGUGACGUCGGUCGAAAGAGAACCGACGUCCGUUCGUCCUGACCCAAAUGUUCGCGCCAAGACGGUUAAACUACCCCACGCUGUACCUGGUCGCAAUUUACCCAUCCCCAAUCCGUGGCGUUCUCCCCUCAUAACCAACCCUGCAAAAGGCAAGGUGUCUAGGAAUGCUUGAAUCGACAGACGGGCGAUCCUCCGCAGAAACGGAAGUUAUGUUGUUCCACCUCUGAGAAAUUUCCCAGCGGACUUUACUUCGGCCGCUGUUACGAAGGGCGGGGAGGGGCAAGGCAAGCCACAGUUGGAUUGUGUUGCUGGGGACGAUGAGGUUGUAUUUAUAUAAAGUCGCUGCUAUGAAACAUGUGGUCACGGAGGCAAAUCUUCACCCUGAACAAGUAUGAUAUUCAAUAAGCUACUCUUGGCUCUGCUUGCCGCGCGGUCCAUUGAUGCUGCCCCGCCUUCCAGGCGGGCGCAUUUUGACUGGGAUAAGACGGAUUUCGUACUCGCGUUUGGCGAUUCGUAUACCUUUGUGCAGGGUACAGAAGGGAAUAAGGAUUUUUCGUUUAUUGGCGACAACUUGAACUUGAGUUACACCAAGGAGAAGUUGUAUGGGGACAAGAUUGUCAAAAAUCAGACGUCGGCGGGGGGACCUAAUUGGACCGAGUACUUGACGGGCUGUUAUGAAGGCUUCCCGUGGAAAUGCAAGAGACCAUUAUGGAAUUUUGCGUUUGCUGGAUCGGAUAUAUCAGUUGAAUAUACCCCGCUACAUCAUGACUUCACCGUCGACUUUGUCAACCAGAUUGAGCAAUAUGACACGUAUGGUGAUAAGCAUCUGCCAAAAAACAGGAAGAAUGCUCUUGUUGCGGUCUGGAUUGGCAUCAAUGACAUUUCAGACUCGGCCAAAUACGCUUUGAAUGUCACCGGUGUAAAUUACACGAGUUUAUACACGAAGAUGAUCGAAACACAGUUCCAAGCAAUGGAAACUCUCGAAGCUGACGGAUACCACAACUACCUUGUUAUGGGACAGCCUCCCAGAGAUAGAACGCCCGCUGGUCUCAUCUCCGAGCAUCCAUUACCCAACAAGACAAUGUUUGCCAACUGGGAUCAUAUCAUAGAAUCGACUGCUCGCAAAUUCGAAGAGAAGCACCAAGAAUCGAAUGUCUUCGUAUUUGAUACGUAUUCAUUCCUAUCAGAUGUCCUGGACAAUUCCGAGAAGCACCACUUCACAAACAUCACAGCCUUCUGUAAAGACUAUGCUGCGCCGGAUAUUAUCUGGAAUUAUGCGAACUACGGGUGUGAGCCGAUUUAUAACUAUUUCUGGUUGAAUUCGGGUCACAUUACGUACCACGCCCAUGAGAUUUUGGCAAAAGGCGUAUCCGCAUUCUUGAGGCGGAUGAAGCGCUAGUAGUACUACGUCGGGUGGAGGUUAAAAUAAACCUCUAGAAGCUAAAAUCGGGAUUGAUGGAUUGUUCAAGUUGAAAACCGUCCCAUGUUCUUACGGAAUAGGAGGUGGAGGUGGAUAUCCUUGGUCGGCCUAGUUUUUAGACUCUACCUCAUGAUUCGUAAUUAAAGCCUGUG